AUGGCAUCAUCCAAGACAUCACUGAUUGUCCGGGUUCCAGAAGGACAGCCCAAAUUGGUCAAAGAAGAACUUCCCCUACCUAUACCUGGCACUGUCCAAUGCUUUGAUGUAAAUGCAUUUGGUGAUGGAGCCGUACUCGGGUGUGAUUUUGUUAGAGAAGUCACCGAGUUAGGAGACACCGUCACUCGACUUGACAAGGGUGACAUUGUGGCAGGACUGAUCUGGGGUGGAGAAAUCUCCAGGCUGGGCGGAUACAGUCAAUACACCAUCGCAAAUGAGCGCAUUUCCUUUAAGGUUGCUACAAGCAUCUCGCGGGAGGAGUCAAUCACCGUUCCUCUUGCUGCGGCAACAGCAUGGCUCGCCUUGUUCUCGAGGGGUUGCUUGAAGAUUGAUCGCUCAAGAUCCCAAGGUACCAGUGUCUUGCUCGACGUGAUCUAUGGCCUUGAUGUAAUCACGACUUGUCGUCCGCACAAUGCAGAUCUUGUCCGAUCCUGCGGCGCCAAACAUGUCUUUGACUACAAUGACCCGAAGGUGAUUGGGAAGAUCACUGAGACCGCGCCCGAUCUUCAAUACAUCUUUGAUACCAUUGGAAACACCACAUCUUCCGCUCUUUCGUCUCGGGCCUUCGGCGACCGUGAAGGCUAUCUAUGUACCGUGCGGCCAGGGAAGGCAAAUACAGAACAAGUGACUGCCAAUACGCACGUCAGCGAUGUUCUCGUUUGGACUCCUUUCUUGAAUGACCACGGCUAUGGCAUAUUCCAUUGGCCGGCCUCGAAGGAUGGCCAUGAGUUGGCCAGCAAGCUGUUCGAGAAUUUGCCCUCAUGGUUAGAGCAAGGCCAGGUCAAGCCAAACCAGGCUAAAGUCUUGCUUGGUUUAGAUUCUGUACACUGGGGAUUCCAAGAGUACUGGGAUAGCAAAAUCUCUGGCUAUAAAAUUAUCGCCUACUUCGGCCGCGUACUGAUCAAGGUCUCGAGUCUCGCCCAGGCAGAGCAAUUCUUGCGCCAGAACUUCCGCGCCCUCGAUAUCUUCGUCGAUGCAACCGAGAUCUCCUCCGCCGGCGAUCUCGUCGAUAUCCUCAACGCCGGUGCCGCCAAGAUCUUGAUCAACUUGGACCAAUUGACCACCCUUUCCAAAGAACAAUCCGUGCCCUCGUCCCGUCUGCUCGUCAACGCCCUGUCAGACUCCCAAUUGGAUACUUUCCAGCAAUGGAUUGCCGCCAAUGCUGAGCGCAGCGAAGCUAGCGUCUGCACUGCACCUUCCUCCAUCACCGCCGCCGCCGAGAAAUUGAAGAUUAGCUCGGACUCCCCACGGCUCUUCACAACCUUCGGUACUCAGACAGUGUCGGAAGAUGCUAUUACACAAGUCACAAAGCAGGGUGCGAUUGCUGUCGUUCCCUCACAGGCAUUGACCGUUGAGCGGGAUGUGGCUGGCCAGGUCUCUGCCGCUAAGCUUAUCGCGUCGACCGCCGUUACUGACCAGGCCAAUGGCCUGUAUGCCACUUCGGUCACUGAUGAGCGGGGAGCUUGUCUGGGCUUUGUUUGGAGCAGUGACGAGAGCAUUGUCGAGGCCUUGCGUACUGGCACCGGUGUUUACCAGAGCCGGAAGCGCGGUCUGUGGUACAAGGGCCAGUCUAGCGGGGAUGUACAGGAGUUGAUCCGUAUUGGCUUCGAUUGUGAUGCCGACUGUUUGGUCUUUGUUGUCAAGCAAAUUGGACGUGGAUUCUGCCACCUUGGUACUGAGACCUGCUUCGGCGCAUCUGCCGGUCUGUCUCGUCUCCAAAAGACUUUGGACGCCCGCAAGGCAGAUGCUCCGGCUGGAUCAUACACCGCGCGUUUAUUCAAUGAACCCAAGCUCAUCGAUGCUAAGAUCAUGGAGGAGGCUGAUGAGUUGUGCCGUGCAGACACCAAGGAGGAGAUUGCUUUCGAGGCCGCCGACCUGCUGUACUUUGCUCUGACCAAGUGUACUGCUGCCGGUGUUACCCUGGAGGAUAUCGAACGAAACCUUGACCUCAAGAGCUUGAAGGUGAAGCGGAGAAAGGGCGACGCUAAGGGACCUUGGGCUGAGAAGGCUGGCCUGGCUAAGCCCGAGUCAAAGCCUGCCCCCGCCCCCGCCCCCGCCCCGGUCGAGGAUCGCACAACCCGAAUUGAGAUGAAGCGUGUGAUCACUGCCUCUACUACUCCCCAGGUGGUCACCGAUUACCUUAAGCGUCCUUCCCAGAAAUCUAACGAAGCCAUUGUCAACCUGGUGAAGCCAAUCAUCCACGAUGUCCGUGAUGGCGGCGACGCCGCAGUGCUCAAAUACACCCACAAGUUCGAGAAUGCUACAUCACUCACCUCCCCUGUUAUCAAGGCGCCGUUCCCGGCUGAACUCAUGAAGCUGUCCCCCGAUGUUCAGGAGGCACUUGAUAUCAGCAUUGGCAACAUCGACCGCUUCCACUCCGCACAGAAGGGAAGCAACGAAACCCUCCACAUGGAGACCAUGCCCGGUGUGGUCUGCUCUCGCUUCUCGCGCCCCAUCGAGCGUGUUGGUUUGUACAUCCCCGGCGGUACCGCCGUGCUGCCCUCCACUGCGAUGAUGCUGGGUGUUCCCGCCAUGGUGGCAGGCUGCAACAAGAUUGUCCUGGCCUCGCCUCCCCGCUCCGACGGCAGCAUCUCUCCCGAAAUCGUCUAUGUCGCCCACAAGGUCGGCGCUGAGAGCAUUGUCUUGGCCGGUGGUGCCCAGGCUGUGGCCGCCAUGGCCUACGGUACCGAAAGCAUCACCAAGGUCGACAAGAUCCUUGGUCCAGGCAACCAGUUCGUGACGGCCGCAAAGAUGUUCGUGUCCAACGAUACCUCCGCAGGUGUCAGCAUCGACAUGCCCGCCGGCCCCAGUGAAGUCCUUGUGAUCGCUGACAAGACCGCCAUCCCGGCCUUUGUUGCAUCCGAUCUUCUCAGCCAGGCCGAGCACGGCGUCGACUCACAGGUGAUCCUCAUCGCCGUCGAUCUGAACGAGGCCGAGCUGCGUGCCAUCGAAGACGAGGUCGAUGCCCAGGCCAAGGCCCUGCCUCGCAUGGACAUUGUCCGCGGCUCCCUUGCGCACUCCGUCACCUUCGUCGUGCGCGACAUCAACGAGGCCAUGACCCUCAGCAACGACUACGCGCCCGAGCACCUGAUCCUUCAGGUCGAGAACGCCGAGUCUCUUGUGAAAGAUGUCCAGAACGCCGGCAGUGUCUUCAUCGGCGCCUGGACCCCCGAGAGUGUUGGCGAUUACUCCGCCGGAGUCAAUCACUCGCUGCCUACCUACGGUUACGCCAAGCAGUACUCGGGUGUUAACCUCGGUUCCUUCCUGAAGCACAUCACCAGCUCUAACCUGACCGCCGAUGGCCUGCUCGGUCUCGCCAAGACGGUUGAGACCCUCGCCGCUGUGGAGGGCCUGGAGGCGCACAAGCGUGCCGUGAGCAUCCGUGUUGCGCACAUGAAGAAGAACCAGUCAUAGGUCAAGUAUACCUUAUAUAUUUUUCUUGUUAUCGUUUUCGGGAUUUUUUUAUCAUGAUUGGAUGUGCCAUGAACACAGAUGCAUAGCUAAAAAGAAACUUGGUCACCAUUGGGCUUAAAAUUUUAUAUACAACCAAUCAAUA